AAGUUCAUAUUUUCAAAUUUAACUCAAGAUAUCUAGAUUCAAUAGAUUCAACAUAUUCAAAAAAUUCAAUAAGAUUCGAUAUUUAAUAAAGACGAGUCAUUUCUAUCGUAAUUACUCUCUGUCUCUGCAUCAAGUGCUCCAAUUGUAACUUCAUCACUGAGUUAAAACCAUCACUAGGGAAAUGGGUGGUUUUGAGAGUGUUGUUUCAAUCAUGGAGCAGGGGAAAGAAGGUGAGGGCUUGGAGGAUGAAGAAGAUUGUCUCGACCUACUUGAUGUCAACGAUGGUGGUUUCGAGAGUGUUAUUGGACUAAGAGAGGUUAACAAGGGCAGAGGUGUAGUUGGAGGCAAAAAUCCUUGGACCGUCAUAGGAGUGAAUAGAAGAAGGGAGUUCGAAGGAGGGGAAGGUGGCAGAGAAAGAGAGGUUGAGGGUGAGGUACAGUUCGAGGGUUAGAAAGGCAGGUGGGAGAUCUGGAGAAUGAUGUUAAUUUUCACUUGUCGUGGCAAGUCUGAAGAACGAUGAGAGAGAGAAGGGGGUGAAGGAGAAGAAUAAAAUGAUAUUUUAGUC